AUGCCGCAGUCCGAAAAGAGCCAGAGACGCUCUUCCACUUCCAAGUCCAACCGCCUCUCCCAGCUCUUCUCCAGCCCAAAGUCCAAGGAGGGCCCCUCCGCCGCGCAAAAGUCUCUGCUCGCCAUGCAGCAGCAAGCCGACCAGUCUGCCAUCGAUCGGCCUCACUUUCCCCAGGCCGCCUCCCGCGACUCCCAGUCACAGCCCUUGAACGGCUCGCCUGCUGCCAUCUCGCCCGCCACCGUUCCGCUACCCACCAUCUCUUUAUCAAGUGCCAUGGCUGGUGACCAGACCCUCGAGCCUUCCACCACCACAAUCUUCAGGCCAGAGACCGCCGAGGAGAUCGAGAGACAGCGCAUCGCCGACUCCCAAUUCGGCCCCCUCAGCAGCCCCUCCCACCUCUACACCUCCAAGUCGCACGGCGAGCCCCUCGAGGCUCCCAUCGAAGACGAGCCUCCCUACUACUACCUGCUCACCACGUACAUCAGCUACCUGAUUCUCAUCCUCCUCGGCCACAUUCGUGACUUCUUUGGCAAGCGCUUCGGAGACAAGAAGCUGUAUCAAGCUCUCAAGGUGCAGAACGGCUACGCUCCUCUCAACGAUGACUUUGACAACUUUUAUACCCGCCGCCUCAAGCGUCGUCUCGACGAUUGCUUCGCUCGUACCACCGUUGGCGUCCCCGGCCGCUACAUUACUCUCAUGGACCGCAUCUCCCACGACUUUAACCUGUCGUACCAGUACACCGGUACAUACACCGAGACUCUCAACAUGAGCUCCUACAACUACCUUGGUUUCGCCCAGUCAAGCGGCCCCUGUGCCGAUGCCGUCGAGGAAUGCGUCAAGCGCUACGGCGUCAGCUUCUGCAGCCCCAGAGCCGAUGCCGGCACCUCGGAGCUUGCCCUCGAGGUUGAGCGAGAAAUUGCUUCCUUUGUCGGCAAGCCUUCUGCCAUGGUGUUUUCUAUGGGCUACGUCACCAACGCCAGCUCUUUCCCCGCCCUCGUCAGUAAAGGCUGCCUCAUCAUUUCCGACGAGUUGAACCAUGCCUCUAUUCGUAUCGGAGCUCGUCUUUCCGGUGCUGUUAUCCAGUCCUUCCGCCACAACGACACUCAUGACCUCGAGCGUGUCCUUAGAGAGGCCAUUUCUCAGGGACAGCCCCGCACUCACCGACCCUGGAAGAAGAUUUUGGUAGUUGUCGAAGGUCUCUACUCGAUGGAGGGCACCAUGUGUGACCUGCCCGGCAUUCUCGCUCUCAAGCGCAAGUACAAGUUCUAUCUCUUUGUCGAUGAGGCUCACUCGAUCGGCGCUCUUGGUCCCAAGGGACGUGGUGUUUGCGACUACUUUGGCAUCGACCCUGCCGAGGUCGAUAUUCUCAUGGGAACUCUGACCAAGUCGUUUGGUGCCAACGGCGGCUACAUUGCUGCCGACAAGGCCAUCAUCGAUAAGCUCCGGGCAACCAAUGCCUCCACGCAGCUUGGCGAGUCUCCCGCUCCUUGCGUUCUCCAGCAGAUCUUGGUGUCCCUCAAGCUCAUCACUGGUGAGGUUAGCCCUGGCCAGGGCGAGGAGCGUCUGCGCCGGAUUGCCUUCAACUCUCGAUAUCUCCGCCUCGGACUCAAGCGUCUGGGCUACAUUGUGUACGGCCACGACGAUUCCCCCAUUAUUCCUGUUUUGUUGUACCACCCUGGCAAGAUGCCCGCCUUUAGCCACGAAAUGCUGAAGCGCAAGGUUUCUGUUGUCGUUGUCGGAUACCCCGCCACUCCUUUGAUUAGCUCGCGCGCCCGUUUCUGCGUUUCCUCAGCGCACAAUAAGGAGGACAUGGACCGUCUUCUGGUUGCCUGCGAGGAGGUGGCUGAGCUGCUGCAGCUCAAGAUUUCAACAGGUGUUGCAGGCGGUCUUCCUCACCUUCCUAAGAAUCUGCCAGCCAUGACACAUAAGCAAGAGAGCGAAUGGCGUGCAGCCAAUGGCAUCCCAGUGAACCCGCCACGAUGGCAGGUAGAGGACGUCAUCCGCCAUGGUGUCGAGGACACCAAGCUCCCACUCCGAUAA